AUGUUAUGUCAGAUUCCUUCCUUAGCUGGUCUCGGCCGUAGAGGGAAGAGGACGAAGAGAACGUCGUUGUUCGGGAAGCAUCGCAACAAGAUGCACACGCUGUGCCACUGCUGCAGCUCCAAGGCCUACCACCUGCUGAAGUCCACCCGCGGCAAGUGCGGCUACCCUGCCAAGCACAAGAGGAAGUAUAACUGGAAUGCCAAGGCUAAUACCAUGGGCACCGGCCAGAUGAGGCACCUCAAAAUCGUGUACCGCAGGUCCGGACAUGGAUUCUGUGAAGCUACAACUCCUAAACCCAAGAGGGCUGAUGUUGUCGCAUCCAGUUCAUCUUAA